GUUCUUAAUCUUCUGCUUCUUACUCUUUAAAAUGCUGGAUAUCAACCUGUUCCGGACGGAGAAGGGCGGCGACCCGGAGAUCGUCCGCGAGUCCCAGCGGAGGCGUUUUGCGGAUGUGACGCUGGUCGACCAGGUCAUCGCGCUGGACGCGGAGUGGCGGCAAGUUCGUUUCCAGCUGGACCAGCUGAACAAGGAGUUCAAUGCGCUCAACAAGGAGAUCGCCACCGUGCGCAAGGCGGGCGGCAACUCCGAUGAGCUGCAGGAGAAGAGCAAGGAGAUGAAGAAGAAGAUCCAGGAGACCGAGGAGAAGGAGAAGGACGUGAUCAAGACGCGUGACAGCAAGGUGGUGGCCAUCGGCAACAUCGUCCACGAUUCCGUGCCCGUCAGCCAGGACGAGGCCAACAACGCCAUCGUGAAGACGUUUGGCGAGUGCCGGCCCCAGGUGGACCCCGCCAGCGGCAAGAAGCUGUACAACCACGUGGACCUGGUGCUGCUGCUGGGCAUUGUCAACAUGGAGGCGGGCCAGGAGGUUGCGGGCGGCCGCGGCUACUACCUGACGCACGAGGGCGUGCUGCUGAACCAGGCGCUCAUCAACGCGGCGCUGCAGAUGGCGUACAAGCGCGGCUACGCGCCGGUGCACACGCCCUUCUUCAUGCGCCAGGAGAUCAUGGCGGAGUGCGCGCAGCUGAGCCAGUUUGAUGAUGAGCUGUACAAGGUGACGGGCGAGGGCGACGACAAGUACCUGAUCGCCACCAGCGAGCAGACGCUGUGCGCCAUGCACCGCAAGGGCUGGUUCGAGAAAGCCGACCUGCCCACCAAGUAUGUGGGCUACUCCACCUGCUUCCGCAAGGAGGUGGGCAGCCACGGCCGCGACACGCUCGGCAUCUUCCGCAUCCACCAGUUCGAGAAGGUGGAGCAGUUUGUGAUCGCCAGCCCCGAGGGCAACGCCUCGUGGGAGGCCAUGGAGGAGAUGCUGGCAAACGCCGAGGACUUCUACCAGUCUCUGGGCCUGCCGUACCGCGUGGUGAACAUCGUGUCUGGCGAGCUGAACAACGCCGCCUCCAAGAAGUACGACCUGGAGGCCUGGUUCCCCGCCUCCGCCACCUUCCGUGAGCUGGUGUCCUGCUCCAACUGCCUGGACUACCAGUCCCGCCGCCUAGACGUCCGCCUGCGCACGCCCAAGGGCGCCGCGGCCGAGACCACCAAGUCGUUCGUGCACAUGCUCAACUCCACCCUGACCGCCACGGAGCGCACCCUGUGCUGCGUGCUGGAGAACUACCAGACGCCCGACGGCGUGCGCGUGCCGGACGCGCUCAAGCCCUUCAUGGCGGGCGUGGAGUUCAUCCCCUUCCGCAAGACCUUCGACGCCAAGGGCAAGCUCGUGGACUUGCCCAAGUCCACCGCCACCUCUGGCGUCGCCACGCCCGCGCCCGAGGCUGCCUCCGCGUGAAGGGGCGGGCCCCCACAGCCGCGGCCCGCGGCUGCAGCGGCCAGCACGGCCGCUGGGAUGGACGGAGGGGGCGCCGCGCCGGUGAGUGCUGCGGCCAUGAACGGCUGGCCGGCAGCGCGCGUGGCCUCGGUGACCCCCCUGGUGGCUUGUGGCUUGGUGAGCGAGGAGCAGCGAGCGGCGGGUGCUUGCGCGCCCGCCCCGGCGGAUCAGCAGGGCUCUGGAUGGUCGUGGGAGUGGCGGCGGCAUGAGCUGGCGGCGGCGAGGACGCUGCCGCCGGCGGAGCCGCUGCCACUGCUGCCGUCGCUGGCAGCAGCUGCAGCGACGGGCCAGCGGCGCCGGACUGGUGGUGCUGCUUCUCCUGGCAUGUCUCUGCUGCAACUGUCGGUGUGCCCGGCGGCGCCGCAGGCGGCAGCCGCAGCUGGUGUUGCAGUGCGCGCGCCAGCGGCGUUUAGCCAACAGCGGCUAGCACUAAGUGGCCUGUCGCAGUUGUUGCGGCCAGCCGCCGGGCGACCGUACAUGGCGCUUGCGAGGACGUUGGGAACGGUCGUCACAGCAGCAGUGGCGGCCGCUGGGGUCGCUUGCAGCUAGCGUGCUCGCUCGCUCACUUACCGGGCUGCUGCGGGCCGGAGGUGGUGGGGGCGAGACCGGCGGUUGGUGGGUUGAGGUGAUGGCAGCGCGUCUCUACUGUCAAAUUAGCAGGUGCAGGUGCAAGCAUGGGUGCUGGUGAUGUGUGCGAAGAGGCAAGGUGGGUUCGGGUGUGCGCGCGCAAGACCAUGGCAGUCAUUCUCUGUUUAGGAUGAAGGUCAUGCUCAUGAAGAGCAUGUUUCCCUGGCGAAGAUCCUUGUAAGUACUACAGGCA